AUGCCGGCGACCGGCACGAGGCGGCACCGCGGGGACCCGCUGAGGGGGACGCUGCCACAGCGGGCGCUCGGGCCGGACCCCGCCCCGCCCUACCUGCGCGCGUGGCCGGCCCCACGGCACCGCGACGGGGCGGGCACCGGCCCGGCUCCCAUGGUUGCUGCUUUUGAUUCUUUCAGGUUUGUCAUCAAAGGAAGUCUGGCUGGAGCUGCUGUAUACGUGGCAUAUGAUCAGGGACUGCUGGGCAGUGGCACGCAAGGUGCUGAAGCUCUCAGAAAAGCUCAAGCAGCACUGCCUCCAGCCAUCCAAGAGUGGACAAGUUACAUAGGCUGGGAGCUACCACCCACUCCAAAAUUUGACUUUUCCCCCUCUGAUUCCUGGAAUAAAGGAGUGCAGACAGUCAUGUCUGCCUUGUCCGUAGCUCCCACCAGGGCCUGUGAAUACACUGUGGAAGGCUGGAAGUAUGUGAAAGAUCUUGUCAAAUGAACACAUUCUCCAGGGUUCAUGAUUCUCUCUAUCCUGUUGUCUUUGGGAUGAUGCAUACUCCAUCCCUCUAGGGGGCAGCUCAGCCAUGGAAGGGCUACAAUAAAAGACUUUGGAACUUCCA